AUGGACGUGCAGAUGUCAGCUGCAGGCUUCUUUACUCCCUCCUCUCCCCCUCCCUCUCCCCCUCCACCCUUCCACUGCGAUUACAGCGACUGGUCGCCCUCCUUCUCCAUCAUCCCAUCCGUCUACCUGCUGGCCUUCCUGGUUGGUUGCCUCGGCAACGGCCUGGUGCUGUGGGCCUACCUGGACCGCGCCGAUGCGAGGGGAACCGGGAAACUGUGUUGCUCCGGCACCGCCAGAAGCCGCCUCCAGAGGGCUAACGGCGCCGGUAGGUUUGCCCCCGGCUCAUUUCCUCAGAGGAGGACACAGGGCUGUAGAUCUUCCUCCCCCGACUCCUCCACCCCGUCGUCUCAGCCCUCCCCCUCCGCCCCCCGUCCCUCCUCCCGCUCUCUGACGGACUCCCUCAUAGCCAGCUUGGCGUUGGCUGACCUCUGCUUCCUCGUGACCCUCCCCCUGUGGGCCGUCUACACGGCGAUGGGCUACCACUGGCCCUUCGGGCAAGCGCUCUGCCAGGUCAGCAGUUUCCUCACCGCGCUCAACAUGUACGCCAGCGUGUUCAGCCUGAGCAUGCUCAGCGUGGAGCGCUACUGGGUGCUGACGGGACGUCGGCACUCGGGCCACCGGGCCCCGCGGAGGUGGCCCGGCAGGGCCCCGUGGACACUCGGAGGGGUGUGGGUCCUGGCGGGCGUGCUGGCGCUCCCCGGUUUGCUGCUGCGCUCCGUCAGGGAGCUGGAGGUGGAUUACGACUGGCAGCCGGUUCAGCCCAGCAACGAACCCGGGUCAGUCCUCCUCUCGUGCCAGAUGGAUUACUCCGCGCUGGUCGGGGCGGAGCUGGAGGAGGCCGACCGGGAGCAGGCGGAGAUGUGGUGGGCGGCCGCGCUGAGCGUCAAAUCGACCCUGAUCGGCUUCCUGCUUCCUCUCGUCGUCUUGCUGGUGUGCUACUGCUCAUUGGCCCAGCUGCUGAGCAGACACUUUGGGCGGGGCCCUCGUCCUGACCGCAGGCGGCAGCGAAGACUCCUCAGGGUCAUCGUCACUUUAGUGUUGGCGUUCUUUCUGUGCUGGCUGCCUCUGCACGUCAAUAAGACCGUGUCCAUGCUGCUGGAGUUGGGUCUGGUCCCUCACUCCUGCUCUUUGGAUCAGAUCUUACUGGCGGCCCAGCCUUACGUCACGUGUUUAGCUUACCUCAACUCCUGCCUCAACCCUCUGCUGUACGCCGCGUGUGACCCGUCUUUCAGGAAGAGAUGCAGCGGAGCUCUUCUCCUGCUGUGCAGAACGUGCGGGAGAGGAGAGGGAAGGGGGGGAGCGAAGGGUGAAGAAGAGAAAGCUCUUCCCUCGAGGACGCGGGAGGACACGGCGGACAAGACAGAGGGAGAAGAUGAGAUGUUGGGGGAGGUGGGAGCCGUGAUUGAUGACAUAACUCCAUAA